AUGAAGGAAGAGGACAUUCUCGCCCGCCAUUCUCGACCUCAGAAGCACUCGGCCUGGAUUCCGAAGAAACGCGACUGGCGUUACGCGACCGGCGUCUUCAAACAUGAUGAUCUCGAGGGUGCGCAGAAAGGUCGGUCAGCAUGGGAUGACAUGGACUACGAUUACCAAGUUGCAGAUACACGGAAGAGCAGGGGCCGGAGUGGUAGUAGGCAGAGCGACAGCAACGACAAAGCGCUCAGCAGAUGUGUCUCUGUAUCGGAUACCCAAGAUAGCAUCAAAGGGAAGCGUUUACUGGGAUCUCCGAAGACUAUCGUAAGUGUCGAGCCACUCAAGAAAAAGGCGAAGAAGGCGCAGAGGAACGUAUGGCAGUCGGUGUCGCAACUCUAUCAGAUAGGCAAUUUCAAGACAGAAGACGAACAGCCAGCCUACGAGACUUACAGCUUGACGGUCAGACUACGCUUUCCAGGCAGACUCACCAUCGAGAACGCGCUUCCGCACAUGGCUAUACCAGGCUCGACCGAGCGUACACAGCUACCGAACACGCCCGUGAAGUUGAAAAUGCCUUCCACCUCCGAUACCCCGGCCACAGCUCGCACUGCAACGUCGCCUCACGCUCCACAUACGCUGGACUCCAUCGAAUCUGUACACACAUACCCUCUUUUUCAGAGAACAUGGGUCGAUGAGACAAAGGACUUCAAUAUGCGGGCAGUUCGCGGGGGUUUGCAAAAGUCUGGUUCCACGGCCAAGGACCUUGGAGUCAACUACACAUGGUAUAAUGAUGCGGUUCCAGUGGAUGCCUUGCUUCCUCCAGGGGUACCUCUAUCUGCUAAAGAAUUCAACGCUUACUAUCCUCAUCACGUUCGAUGGAGGGGCGUAAUGCUUCGAUUGGCAAACAACGACUACCGUGGGCAAGACAUCAUGGGCAUGCAGGCGUUUUUCCGUGGUCCGCCUACGACCAACAUGUCAGGCGUAGUGAUGAACCAAGUGCAACGCGACUCAGUCAAGAACGUCAUAGUAGGCUUUAAGACCGACACCACCAAGGGAAAGCAUGAUGGGAAUUUAUAUACCGAUCAGCUCGAACCGGGCAGGUACAUCGCAGAGAGGCGCAGCGGUUACACAUUACCGACAUUUGGCGAUCUAUUACGCGGCCUACAUCAUCUGCCAUCUGGUCUUGACGCUCGCGGCCUCACAGAGUGCCUGAGCUGGUAUCUCAAUUUCCGUGACUCUUUCACGCCCCAACUCGACUUGAACGUCUUACACAGCCAAGCUCUAAUUCGCGCGCUUCGUAUACCUCUAAAGCGGUUCGGUCCCCAAAGUACGUUCUAUCUCUAUUGUAUACACCUAGACUGCAAUGCACUCGAAGAAUGGAAGACGUGGGGGAGAUUCGAGGAGCGGAAGGUGUUCUACGAGCCAGCGAAGACAGCGUCGACGAAGAUCGAGGUCACGGACCAGAAGAGAUCACAACUGCACAUGAAUCUAGAUGACCAUGAGGUCAAACUUGACGUCCAGCUACCACUCCGGCAUGUUCUCGUGUUCCCUUUUCUCGCACUACAUGGUGUUGUGGGCGAAGCGCUCAAGCUAGGUAUUGAGAAAGCUGAUGCCCGGAAAGCUGAGGCGGAAGCUGCAGAAGGAAGAAGGAUGUUGGAGGCUAAGUGGGCUGCAAGACUAGCUGAAAACGCGGAUCCCGAAGGAGAGCAAGAAGUACCAGAGAUAGCUAAGGAGCCCGAACCAGUCGUCAAACCAGAAGAGCAGAUAGAAGGACCCUAUCGCAUGCGAAGACGAGCCUUAACGAUGGAAGCACUGCGUACUCUUGCUCCAGCACCGAAGAAAACUCCAACCGCACCGCCAGUGAAUGGAGGUCCAUUUGUUUACCGCACACCGACUGGGCCAAGCGCAGCAGCAUCUUCCACUCAGAGUAUUGGUAGACAGCCAUUCGUGCCGCCUGAGCUUACGUAUUCUAAUCGGGUUUGGGGCGCGCCUGCACCUUCCUCUGCGUAUGCGCCUCAUCCGGCAUACGAACGGAGGGAGUAUGACUCGACAAGGUUGGCGGAUCAGCGUGGUGGGAGGGAAGAUGGCCGUGGUGCAUCAUAUCACCAAAGGGGGCAAUAG